UGUGCGCUCGUGCCUCCCCGGAGCUCCUCAGUGCUGCCGGAGCAGAAGAGGAGCGGAUGUGACCGCCGGGACAAACAUCAUCUGUUUACUAUGGAUGUGUUCAUCGCUUGUGGAUGAUGAUGAUGAUUCCUCCUCAUGUUUAAAAAGGUCUCCAGCACCAUCUGACCCCGCCAGGAACAAAUGCCACUCGACUGAAAAAGGAUUAAAUCAGGAAUCUGUCACCUCACCUAAGUAGGUGUGAGUUGCUGGCUGCAGCCAUGGGGAACCAGCUGACUGAUAUCGCUCCGAACACGUCCUUCCUGCCAAACUUCCAGUGUUUGCACGUGGUGGUGAUCGGACUGGACUCGGCGGGGAAGACGUCUCUGCUCUACAGGCUCAAACUGAAGGAGUUCGUGAAGACGAUCCCCACCAAGGGCUUCAACACGGAGAAGAUCAAGGUGGCCGUGGGGACGUCUCGGACCAUUAACUUCCAGGUGUGGGACGUAGGCGGCCAGGAGAAGCUGCGCCCGCUGUGGAAGUCCUACACCCGGCGGACAGACGGGAUGGUGUUUGUGGUGGACUCCACCGAGCUGGAGCGGAUGGAGGAGGCCAAAGUGGAGCUCCACAAGAUCACCCGCACCUCAGAAAACCAGGGCGUCCCCGUGCUCAUACUGGCCAACAAACAGGACCUGGAUUCAGCCAUGUCUGUCAGCGAGGUGGAGAAGCUGCUCUCCGUGCACGAACUGAGCAUGUACACGCUGCAUCACGUGCAGAGCUGCAGUGCGGUGGACGGCCAGGGGCUCCAGCCGGGCCUGGAGAAACUGUACGAGAUGAUCCUGAAGAGGAAGAAGAUGGUGAAGCACAACAGGAGCAGGAAGAGAUGAACUCUUGGCUCACGCUGUGGAGACACGAGGAGAUUUAUCCACGGUUGAGACACUUCCAAGCUUAAUGGUCCCUUUUAAUGGGGGAGCGAUUUGUGCCAACACAACAACAAUUACAGGAGGCCGCAGGGUCAGGAGAAAUGGAUUUGCUCAUAAUAACUGAAGCAGUAUUGACACAUUCUUUGUUCUGCGAUCCUGCAGCUGCUCUUCAGAAGAUAGAGAUUUAAAGGGAACUGUGAUAGCAGUUAGUCUUCACUAAGUGCUUUUCUACACUUGUUUUAAAGACGAAUCCUAACAAGACAUCUUCCUGUUAACUGACUAAUAUAUGAGCACAUUUAAAUCCAUGUGGCAGGUCCCUAAUGUCCUUAUUAUCCUUCACCAACGUGCACAGACUCCACUGAAAUAGCUGUUUUUGUUCCACGGAUGCUUCCCUGAAAUAUUUAUUACACAUUUUUGUGUUUGUGUUGGACAUUUUUUGUAAAUGAUAUGAAAUGAAACAGCGGUGAAGGAGCACCAAAUGAUAUUAAAUUUAAUUGCCAUGGAACAGUAAUCCUAAGUGCAUUCCCUUCAUGGCCACAGAGGUUAAGUUUCAGUUAUUAGAACAAUAAUGUUUAUACAAAUUGUACAUUUUUGUAACACUGAAGACUUAAUAAAUCGAAACACUGUACAGAA